AUGGCUUCCUGUGACAGAGGCCGCCUGCUGUUUCCCGGGGAGAUCAUGAAACGAGGUCGCCUUCCCAGCAGCAGUGAGGAUUCUGACGACAAUGGCAGCCUGUCCACCACCUGGUCCCAGAAUUCUCGGUCCCAGCACAGGAGAGGUUCCUGCUCCAGACAUGAAGAUCGGAAGCCUUCCGAGGUGUUUAGGACAGACCUGAUCACCGCCAUGAAGCUGCACGACUCCUACCAGCUGAACCCCGACGAGUACUACGUGCUGGCAGAUCCCUGGAGACAGGAGUGGGAGAAGGGGGUCCAGGUGCCAGUCAGCCCUGGGACCAUCCCGCAGCCCGUGGCCAGGGUCGUGUCGGAAGAGAAGUCCCUCAUGUUCAUCAGGCCCAAGAAAUACAUCGUCUCCUCAGGCUCCGAGCCCCCGGAGCUGGGCUACGUGGACAUCCGUGCGCUGGCCGAUGGCGUGUGUCGGUACGACCUCAACGACAUGGACGCGGCGUGGCUGGAGCUGACCAACGAGGAGUUCAAGGAGAUGGGCAUGCCGGAGCUGGACGAGGGCACCAUGGAGAGGGUGCUGGAGGAGUUUGAGCAGCGCUGCUCCGACAACAUGAACCACGCCAUCGAGACGGAGGAGGGCCUGGGCAUCGAGUACGACGAGGACGUCGUGUGUGAUGUCUGCCAGUCGCCGGACGGCGAGGACGGCAACGAGAUGGUGUUCUGUGACAAGUGCAACAUCUGCGUGCACCAGGCCUGCUACGGAAUCCUCAAGGUGCCCGAGGGCAGCUGGCUGUGCCGGACGUGUGCCCUGGGGGUGCAGCCCAAGUGCCUGCUGUGCCCCAAGAAAGGCGGAGCCAUGAAGCCCACCCGCAGCGGGACCAAGUGGGUCCACGUCAGCUGUGCCCUGUGGAUCCCCGAGGUGAGCAUCGGCAGCCCCGAGAAGAUGGAGCCCAUCACCAAGGUGUCUCACAUCCCCAGCAGUCGGUGGGCGCUGGUGUGCAGCCUCUGCAACGAGAAGUUUGGGGCCUCCAUACAGUGCUCCGUGAAGAACUGCCGCACGGCCUUCCACGUGACCUGCGCUUUCGACCGGGGCCUGGAGAUGAAGACCAUCCUGGCGGAGAACGAUGAGGUCAAGUUCAAGUCCUACUGCCCCAAGCACAGCUCCCACCGGAAAGCGGAGGGGAGCCUGGCGGCGGGGGCCGCCCAGGAGAACGGGGGCCCGCUGGAGCCCCGCGCCGGCCUGGAGCCGAAGCAGGAGGAGGCCCACCGCGGGAGCGUGCGGAAGCAGAAGCUGCAGCAGCUGGAGGACGCCUUCUACACCUUCGUCAACCUGCUGGACGUGGCCAGGGCCCUGCGGCUGCCCGAGGAGGUGGUGGACUUCCUGUACCAGUACUGGAAGCUGAAGAGGAAGGUCAACUUCAACAAGCCGCUCAUCACCCCAAAGAGAGACGAGGAGGACAAUCUGGCCAAGCGGGAGCAGGAUGUCUUGUUUAGGCGGCUGCAGCUGUUCACGCACCUGCGGCAGGACCUGGAGAGGGUUCGGAACCUCACUUACAUGGUGACCCGCAGGGAAAAGAUUAAGCGAUCUGUGUGCAAAGUCCAGGAACAGAUAUUCAAUCUUUACACUAAGCUCUUGGAGCAAGAAAGAGUUUCAGGUGUGCCUUCGCCCUCCUGCUCCGCCGCCUCCCUGGAGAGCAUGCUUCUGUUCAACAGCCCCUCCGUGGGCCCCGACGCGCCCCAGAUCGAGGACCUGAAGUGGCACUCGGCCUUCUUCCGGAAGCAGAUGGGCACCUCCCUGGGCCGCGCCCUCAAGAAGCCGCACCCGCGGGCCGCGGGCCCGGCCCCGCACCGGGCGGCGGGCGCCCCGCAGGGCUGGCUGGGCCUGGACCAGGCCUUCGCCGACGCCCGGCUGCUGGCCGCCCCGCAGCAGCGGAACGGCGCGCUGGCGCCGGACCCCGGGAGCAGGAGGGACCCCCGCUUCCCCUGCGACGCCGGCCAGGCGGCCGGGAGGGACAGGCCUUUCAGACACAAGCCCCUCCGGGCCCCGGACGCGCCCCCGCGGCACCCGGACCCCGCGCCCCGGGCCGCCGCCGCCGCCGCCGCCGCCGCCCGGAGAGAGGGGCCGCCCAAGUGCAACGGCGCCCUGGCGCGGGGCAGCCACCCCCCGCCCGCAGCCAAAGUGCCUCCCACGCCCGCCAGCCCCGGGAAGAACUGGGGCGGCUUCCGGAUCCCAAAGAAGGGGGAGCGGCCGCCGCAGGAGGCGCCGGCCCCCGGGGCCGCCUGCCCCUGCCUGGGCCUGGGCCGCGGGCCCGCCAGGGAGAGGGCCAAGAGCCGGCCGAGGCCCGACCCCGAGAGCGACGGCUACGCCCCCGACGGCGAGAUGAGCGACUCGGAGGGCGAGGCCUCGGAGAAGAAGUGCAUCCCCGCCGCCGCGGGCGGCGCCAUGGGCCGCAGGACAGACUUCAUCCGCAGGAGCAUCCUGGCCUCCUGA